AUGUUGACUCUUUGUCCACAGGGUCUAGUCCGCAUGGAGCUGUCCCCCCCUCCCUCAGGUUUAGAAGCAGAAUAUGAGACACUUUUCACCACAGGCUCCCUCCGCUUCCUCCAUGAGCUGAUCUCCACAUUUGAUGAGGAGGUGGAUCAGGUCCUGCGGUUACGAGUGUUCAGAAAGUCCCAUUUGGACCUUUCAGGUGACCUGCCGAGCUUUCUGGAAAGUACCAAACAUAUCCGGAGAGACCCAGCCUGGAUGGUGCUCCCCGUCCCCCCGAGGCUCCAGAGAAGACAUGUGGAUAUUGGGGACCUGGCUCCCUGCGAUACCCAGCGCUUCAUUAAAGCUCUCCAGUCACCAGCACAAGGCUUACAGGUUGACUUUGACGAUGGGAACUGCCCUACAUAUUACAACCAGAUCAAAGGCAUUCAUAAUGUUUUUAAGGCGGUUCACAGCCAGUUCCCCGAUGUUCCACACAUAUCUGAGGCGCCAGUGCUGAUGCUUCGUCCUCGUGCAUGGAACAUGGUGGAGCACAACAUGAUGGUGGAGGGGAAGGAGGCUCCUGGUCCUCUCUUUGACUUUGGACUCCUCAUGUUUCACUGUGGACAGACACUGUUUGAAAACAAGAGUGGACCCUUUUUCUAUCUCUCAAAAGUGGAGAGCUUCAUAGAGGCCAGACUAUGGAACAAGAUAUUUGUCUGGACUCAACAGAAGUUGGGCCUUCCACUGGGCAGCAUCAAGGCGACGGUGCUAAUUGAAAAUGUAUUAGCAUCGUUUGAGAUGGAGGAGAUUCUCUACGAGCUGCGAGACCAUUCAGCAGGACUCAACUGUGGCAUCUGGGAUUAUUCAGCCUCCUUUGUCAAUAAGUUUGGUCACCGACAGGCCUUCCUGCUUCCCGACCGCAGUAAAUACGUCAACAUGGAGAAGCGCUUUCUGCGCAGCUACAUGGACCUGCUGGUUCAGACGUGUCAUCGGAGGGGAGCGCUGGCCACAGGAGGCAUGGCUGCCCUGCUGCUGCCUCAGGACCCGCUCAGUGACUCCCACAGGAGAGUGUUGGCUACUGUCACCAGACUGAAGUUACUGGAGAUCAAGGCAGGUGUGGACGGUUUCAUGGUAUAUGAUCUGAGCUUGAUUGAGCCCAUGCAGAAACUCUUCAAGCUCCACUCUGAAGGUGAUAACCAGCUUCACCAGCUUCGAAAUGAUGUCACCGUGACUCCUGAUGACCUAUUGUCCAUGCCUUCGGGAGGAGUCACCCUUUAUGGUUUGAAGUAUAACAUCGGGGUUGGUGUCCUCUUUUUCAAUGCUUGGCUAUCAGGUAAAGGACACUUUUUCUACAGAGGCCAGGUCGAAGAUUCGGCCACAGCAGAGAUUUCCAGAUCACAGGUGUGGCAGUGGAUCCGUCAUCAGACUCAGCUGGAGGACGACAGCAGGGUGGUGAGCAGGCGGCUGGUGACUGACCUCACCAAGGAGCUGAUGAUGGAGCUCCGUCACUCUGUUAGGAACAAGCAGAGGCUACACACAGCAGCUGACAUGUUCCUGGAGGUGGUCCUAAAGAGAGAUUUCCCAGAGUUCAUCACCACCUACCUGAAUCAGGACCACACCUUUCUCAGCUCCCAGAACAGUGGACAGGUGGAGGCUGUGGACACAGACAUGCCCAGAAGCAAACUGUGAGGGUCCAGCUGGAAGACUGCUUCAUGCUCUCUACUCAACACUCUCUAUACAUAACAAACAUUGAGGACAUCCCUAGAAAUUGCAGUGGUGAUUUUUCAUUAUUUUUUUGCUAUUUUAUAGACUACAUUGGUUAGUUGAAGAAAAUAAGAUGAACCGAUAAUGAAAGUAAUGCUUAGUUGCAGUUAGUUUGAGUCAGUGAUGAUACUGUAAGUCACACUCAAGAUUCGCAGAUAGUAAUAUGUUCUAUCUCCAUUUCCUGUUAAAUAUAUUAAUACAUUUGAAUGAAUGA